AUGGUGCUAAUUAUCCAAAGUUCUUCUUCUAUAACAAUACGCACCACUCUAUCAGCUUCAAACCCGAACCAAACCUGGUCAUCACCAAACAACACUUUCUACGUAGGAUUUUCCCAAGUGGGUUACUCCUCUUCUUACACCUUAAGCACCAACUACAAUGGUGGUGUCCCAAUUUGGAAAGCAGGCAACACCACCACCACAGUUGACUCAAAGGGGUCCUUUCAAUUCCUGUCCUCCGGCAACCUCGGCCUCCUCAACGGUUCAGGCGCCAUUGUUUGGGACUCCAACACUGCUAGACUUGCUGUCACCACUGCUUCACUUGAUGAUUUUGGUAAAUUAGUGUUACAGAAUGGAACUUUACCUGUUUGGUCUUCUUUUGAUAACCCAACUGCUACUAUAGUACCUAAUCAGACUUUUAGUGUCAAUCAAGUUUUAAGAUCUGGGUCUUACUCUUCUAGGUUUCUUAGGUUGAAUUCUUAUGUUGAUGCUAAUUUGACUUCACCUACUUUGGGGUUGCAACCAAUUGGGAUUUUAACCAUUUUUGAUGUUGCAAGUGGGUCAUAUAUUGUGGCUUAUAGUAUUGAUUAUGGUGAAGGGAUUACAAGGUUGAGGUUUUUGAGGUUAGAUAAGGAUAGAAACUUAAGGAUGCACAGUACUGAUAUAGUUAUAACGAGUCAAGUUCGAGUCCAAUUUGUGGUUGUCCGUCUGAGAAUUUUGAGCCUGUUGAUGCAAAUGAUAGUAGACAAGCCUGAGACGGUAUCACAGGUUUUCUUUGUGGGGAUAUCAGCUUGUAGGUUAAAUUGCCUUUCUCAAGGUUCAGCUUGUAUUGCUUCUACGUCUUUGUCAGAUGGAACUGGCUUGUGUUACCUAAAAAAUCCAGGCUUUAUUGGUGGAUAUAAGAAUCUGGCUCUUCCCAGUACUUCGUAUGUAAAAGUUUAUGGGCCAGAACAACCAAACCCUACACCUGGUUUGCAGAAUGUGGGGAAGAGCAACAGUUGGAGAUUGCACAUCUGGGUUCUUUGUGUUGUUGUUGUGAUUACCCUUUUGGGUUUGAUUGCUGUUUUGUCAGCUCAGUAUGCACUACUGGAGUAUGAAUCUGGUGCUCCAGUGCAGUUCUCAUAUAAGGAUCUGCAGCGCUCGACAAGAGAGUUUAAGGAGAAGCUUGGAGCAGGAGGACAUAGGACACUGACCAGUGUUAGAGGGACAAGAGGAUAUUUGGCCCCAGAAUGGCUUGCAAAUCUUCCAAUAACUUCUAAAUCUGAUAUUCUACGGUUAUGGGAUGGUUUUGUUGGAGAUAUCUCAACAGAAACAAACCGAAAAAAGUUCUCUAUCUGGGCUUAUGAAGAGUUUGAGAAGGGUACUGUUAAUGCAAUUUUGGACCAAAGGCUUACAGACCAAGAUGUGGACAUGCAGCAAGUGAAAAGGGUAAUUCAAGUGAGCUUUUGGUGUAUCCAGGAGCAACCAUCUCAGAGACCAAUGAUGGGGAAAGUGGUGCAGAUGCUGGAGGGAAUUUCUGAGAUUGUGAGACCACCAGCUCCAAAGGCAAUAACAGAAGGUUCUAUUAGCGGAAAUAACAUAAAUGUGAGCAGCAAUGUCAGUCCUCUCUCGACUUUUGUUGUGUCAGCUCCAGCUCCCUCAUCUUCCUCAUCAUAUCAAACUAUAGGAGUUUCUCCUUUAGCUUCAGUGGGAAAUACAGAGAGGACAUCUUCAUCAUAG